AUGGCUGAAUCAACAACUGAUGAGCAAUGUUUAGCUCCAGAGCUUCGUCAAGCUCUUGAUGACUUGAAAACGGUUGUCCAUGCGACAAAUUGCUGUCUGACGACUUCUCGCUUUCUGGGCUCGUUCUCAAACAUCAGUACCCAGCACUCGGAGAUCCAGAGAGCUAUCGAAAAAGUGACCCAGUUUGCACGGGACCAGGAAGAGAGGGCUGAUCAGGCUGUUCAAAAAGCCCAAACGGCAUUUGAAGCUCUGUCUCCUGAACACCAAAACAGCUUGAUCCAGUACUACGGGGAGGAUCUCAGUUUCUACCUUGAAAUCGCCAUUUCUCCAGACUCGUCGCAUACACCUGCAUCCCCUUUCAGGGAAUUCCAGGUUUUGCUAUUUGAUAUUGAAAACCUCCAUCGUGCACUUGCCCGGGUACGUGGAGUGGAGGCAAACAUCACCAAUGUCUUUUCUAGGCUACCGUCCAUCCAACGACUGAGGCGGGAAAACCGGGACGAGGAAAUUCGGCUGUUAGAGCUACGCAGCUCGGCUGAGAUUCAACUUUGUAGGCAAUUCCUUGUCUUGGAUCGGGAACAACAGGACAUGCUCUGGUUAUGGUAUCAGGAUUCUAUGGGGAUCAGUGCGACCCAGAGAGAUGACAAUGCGAAAGACCCUUACUCGGCUAGGAGUUGA